CUUCACUUUCCUCUCAUUUCUCUUUGCACAUCUCCUUUCAUCCUCUUUAGCCUCCACAGAGAAACACUAUGCUGGUCCAUAAUCCUCCUUCAUCACAGCACACUUUGCGACCACGAUCGGCUUACACCAUUUAUCCUGCAAACAGCAGAUCAUCCCACAUGAAGCUCACAUUCAAAAAGCGGUUUACACAGCAGCUCAAUCGGCUGUUGUUUCCAUGCAAUCCCGAAACGGACCGCCCCAUCUCCGCCACAACAUCUUCACCGCUGCCACCACCCUCACCAUCCGCAAAAGUAACAGCAUCAUCAUCUCUUUUUACGAGGCACCAACCCACCACUGCCACCAUCGUGACCGCGAUCCAAGAAGAACAAGCGGAUCGUACCGAUUUCUUUGAAAACGACGAACGUGCUAUUGUCCAUGAGCUCAGUCGGUUGCCAUCCUUGAAGCCGCCUCCACGGCCGAAGAAAACCAAAGCCGAAGCUGCUAGGCCUCUUGGAAGCGCAUUGAGCCAAAGUACACUAGCAACAGUUCGAAGCAGCCAUUUUGACGACAUUUCGGAGCUGUUACGCGACGACAGUAGCGACACGUCUUUGGAAGAAGAUGAGGACGAGGACGAAGAAUUCGACACGCCACGACCGCAGGUCGCAUUGUCUGUGGCCAUCUUGCCCUCGGCUGUUGCUGCCGCUACGGCCGCUAGGUCCAGACGAUACCAGGCGCGCGUUGCACGAGCAGCUCAAAGAUGAUGGCGAUCGUUAUCCCUUAUUUUUUUUCUCUACACUUUAGAUACACACUACCAUAUAUUGUAUAUAUAGAAACAUUUACAAAACACGCGCCAUCACUACCACGUUGUACAUAUUAGUAUACUCUCAUUAUACUGUGCACUCUAUCUUUCCUGUGCUCUACCUCAUUUCACUCAUCAUCAUCUUUUUCGAAGAGUGGAUAUACAUAAAGAAUCUGUUCAUAUAUCUUUUUAGACAAUCACUAUUGUUUCCUGUGUUAGCGCAGCAGGUCCUCUAUAGCUGCUUCUCUUUGCUUCUUGGCAAUUAAUUUUGAUCUGGAUGCUGAGCCCCGG